UUCGGUAGAAAGUUGAUGCGCGGAGAAUUAAUUGCGUUAAUAAAGUGCGGAGGCCGGUCGCCGGUGUUUACGGCUCGCGGGGUCCGCGGGGCGCGGCGGGGGCGCGGGGGCGCGGGCGGGCGCCGGACGGACACAAAGGAGAGGCGCGGCCGGCGGACGGCGGACCGCGGCUGGCCUUAUCACCACCGGCACACAGUCGCCGCGCGCGCCCCGCGACGAACGUAUCGUGCCGUGCCGCCGCCCGAAGGACAACUGCCGACCGAACUAGUGUUGCCGUGUUGCGUGAUAGUGAGUGAAACCCUAAACUGUGGAACACGUGCCGCGUUUGCGCAUACCUGCAUCGCUUGUGCCGUUUGUGCCGUGCCGUGCCGUUUGUGCUGCGGCGCAACGGCUGGCUCCGCGAAAAUUGUAAACACAACACACGUGCCGGCUCGCAAAAAGCGAGAGGCAAAAAUGACUACAAAGGGCAAACGUCCUAUGCGUGCCCUCACACCCGGAGAUAAGAUAGAGGCGAUACAACGCGUCAACGACGGCGAGUCCAAGGCUUCAGUCGCGCGCGACAUCGGCGUGCCGGAGUCGACACUCCGCGGCUGGUGUAAGAACGAGGACAAACUGCGCUACAUGACCUCUCGCUUGUCCUCGCCGGACACCGACAAAAGCAACGACGGGGAGCCCCCCGAUAAACGUGCGCGUACCGAGUCGCCGACCGCUCCGCAGUCGCCCGUCGCGACCGGCCUCGACCUCUCCAGCCCCGCGGCCGUGACGCACAACGCGCCUCUGCCCGUGCUGCCGACCGACGCGCCCGUCGAGCUCACGACCAAACGAAGCGAACCAUCACCUCCCGUACAUCCGCCCCGAGAGCGCCGCCCCGACCCGGGCGCGAGUGUCUCAAUGAGCGCCAUCAGCCCCCUGUCGGGACUCGCUCAUUUACCCGGCCUCACCCAUUCUCAUCUCGGCUUGAGCUUCAAUGAAAUCGCCACCAACCUAACGCUGCUGGCACAACUGAAUCCAGGUUUAUCUGCACUAUCCGCGCAACCUGCGAGUCGAGCUCUACGCUCCGUGCGAUCUCCGAAACCGGUCCACAAUGGAGUUCUUAACUUAAACGAAACCAAACACCGCAGCAAAUCCAGCCACUCCUCGGACCCAUACCGGCACAGCGGAUCCAAGUCCAGUCAUCAUUUGUCAUCGCAAUCAUCCGCCGCUCAGCCGGUGGAUGACACGUUAUGGUACUGGCUAAAGACUCAACAGGCUAUGUUGGAUCUAACCGCUCAGUCAACGGCUGCUCACCCACUUCAGCUGGGAAAGGCGAGCGACCCGACCUUACCACCUAAGCCGGUGGCGCCGACGCCCCCUGUUACCUCCCACCUCGACUACAACAGAAAUUCGUGGCUCUGGCAGUAUUACAAACAAUUCGGCGGGGCGAUGCCUCUACCUGAAGACAAACUCAAAUCAGCAUCGCAGGUUCCAAAGGAAAAAUCCGGAGAUAACAUACUCUACUCGCAUCUUACCAAAAGCAAAACGGAAGAAGAUCGGGGAGCAACGAGUCCGCCUCACGGCCAAAUACAACCGGUCGAAGUACGCGAAACGGCCCCCGUGCCCGAGGAACCGCGAGCCACGGAACCCCCUGUAAACCACGAAGUCGAAAACAAGGAACCGACUACUACGCCGAUAGACACUGGCAAAAGUCAAACAAAGGUGAGGAACGUGCUUGACAACCUGCUGUACAGCAGCGGCCAGGUGGCGGAGGAGAGCAAGAGCAACGGGCAUGUGAACGGCGAGUGGGAGUCGGGCACUGCGGCGGCGCUGGAGCACGGCGACAAGUUCCUGGCGUGGCUGGAGGCGAGCGGCGACCCCAGCGUGACGCGCAUGCACGUGCACCAGCUGCGCGCGCUGCUGCACAACCUGCGCACGCGGCGGCAUGCGCCAGCGGCAGCGCCCGACGCCGCGCGACGCAAGUAGGCGCCCGGACGCGCAGCGCUCGCUACAGGGAAUAUUUCAAUUACGUGUACAUAGUCGUAUGUAUAUACGUCGUCGCCAGUAAGCGUUCACUUGUGAUAUGUGUAGCCAAAUUUGCGUAAUUUCUUUGUUCUAAAAGAAAAGCUAUGCAUUAUUAUCUCUUUAAUUUUAGUUUAUACGUUAGAUAAGUUAUAAAUCCGACGCUGUUCUCUAUGCUUCAUCGUGCGUUCGUCACGACAGUUAAUCUAUUUCCGAGUUUAUAUCAGAUGUAAUACAAAUAUAUAGUUAAAUUAUGUAAAUGGAUGUCACCAAUCGGAGAUCACGUUACUUUUACUAUGCACGCAAUCUGUUAUGUGGUUAGAAUAAGU